CUGGAUUUAGUUAGGCGAGCUAGAUAUAAGUAGUGACCUUGGCUAACGCCUAAAUAGAUCAAGUUUCGGCAGAGAUCCAGAGCUGCAUGGUAUCAUCGUAAUACAAAAAAAAAUAGAGAAGUGCAUUCUGUCUCAAUCUGGUAUUCGUACUGUGCCCAAUUAUUCUUACCAGAAAGUAUUGAUUGAUAUUAACUAUGUAAAGUCGUGUUUAGGACACAGUAUUCUAAUAUAUUUCAUGUAAUAUCGAUCUAAAGGCUUCAGGAUUUUUUUUACAAUUUAUAACCAUGAACAGCUUUUUAUACUAGUAUUCAGGUACGCGUUAAGUUGAUCUUUCUGUUUCAAAGCAAGGAAGGAAACGUUAUUUUCUGAAAUCUAGGUAAAGUGAAAAUACUAAAAACUGGCUAAAUGUUCUAAUUAAACAAAGUAUAAAGAUUUUUAAACGUAACAGAACAAAAGGUGGCGCGUUGCCUGUAUUGUAGUAUAAGAAAGGAGUUUAUGUGACUAAUAGCUUCACUGUGAUAGAUCUGACACCUGCUACAAAAUGCAGCAUAACAUCCAGUUUUGUGUUAUGCGUGCUGUAUACCGGAAGUUUUUGUUUUUGUUUGGUUGUAAAAUACCGGACACCAAAAUUUAGUGCUUUUUCGUUUUUAACCACGGUUUAGUCUUCUGCAGUUUUUCCAUCUUAUAAUGUUCAAUACUGUAGUCAAUUCUUGUCGUAGUAAAUUCACACGACUUGAGAUGCAAUAUAUUUGCUGUACAUAUUUACUGUUUUCUCUUAAAAAGGAAGUAUACAUCACAAAACGUUAUCGUUUUUUAACCGAUUUCAUUGAUCUAAAUCUCAUCACACCUAUUGCUCAUUUACAUAUAGCUUUUUAGAUUUAUCUGGCGGCUUCUUGGUGAACUUAAGUUGAAUCAGGAUGCAAGUUUUGCUACAGGUCGAUAAUUUAGCUUAUAAGAAGGUAGUAAAUCAUUCAUAUUUGUUGUCCCACAGUUGCUCAAUAGGAAAAUAUGCAGGUGUAUUUGCGUUUCGUUGUGAGCUUUUGAAUUCACCCACUAUGUCCACUAAGUGUCGACUAAAACCAUUACUCGUUAAAACUGACCUAAAUUAUUGAUUUCCGAAGACCUACAUCUAAUUAACUAUUCGGUUUUUCGUAAAAUAGGUAAAUUUUCUAAACUUGAAAUAUAGGUAAUUAAAACCAGAUUAUUACAUAUCAGUGAUGUUCGAAAUAUUUAUUAAUAUUUGUAUUGUUUCUUUACAGGUGCUUUUCUUCUGGUUGAGUUUUUAUAAUGACUGAACGCAAAGUCCUAAAUAAAUAUUUCCCUCCAGACUAUGAUCCUUCAAAAAUACCUCGUCUUAGAAGAGGUGACCGGCGUAAACAGUUUAAUAUUAGAACAAUGGCUCCAUUUAAUAUGAGGUGCAAUACGUGCAAUGGUUAUAUAUACAAAGCUAAAAAGUUCAAUUCGCGAAUGGAAACUGCCGAAAAUGUAGAUUACUUGGGCCUAAGACAUUAUCGAUUUUACAUCCGAUGUCCUUUAUGCUGUGCUGAGAUUAUUUGGCGUACUGAUUUAGAAAGUGGCGACUAUGUUCUAGAAAGUGGGGCUAAAAGAAACUUCGAAGCAUUAAAAACAGCGGAAGAACUAGAAGCUAAACGUCAAGCUGAAGAGGAAGAGGAACUUGCUAAUAAUCCAAUGAAACUAUUGGAAAAAAGAACUGAUCAAAGCAAACAAGAAAUGGAAAUGGUCGAAGUAAUUGAAGACUUGAAACAGUUAAAUCAACGUCAAGCCACCAUGGAAGCAGAUCAUGUUCUUUUGAGGCAAAUGUGGCGAGAAGAGGAAGCCCUCAAGGAGGCUGAAAAAGAAGAAGAUGAUGCACUAAUAAAGGAGUUACUCGCUUCAAAAUCCGAGCAAGUCCAUUCAUUACCAUUGGAGUUUGGAGGUGAAAAUUCCUCUAGACCAAUCAAGAUGCCAGCUUUGAAAGAUUUGAUGAAAGCUAAUAAAAAGGAACCAGUAGAAAUUGGGAAAUCUUAUCUAAAGCGACAACUUCAAGGUGUUUUACGGGUGCAAAAGAGGCCAAUAUCAGAAACUAAAAUUCCAAAACUUGAUGGUGAUUCUGAAGCAUCAGCCAUGAAUAACAUAAAUGUUUCAAAUUCCUCAACGAAUAAUUCGUUAGCAAAUGAUAAGUCAAAAGAUAGUAAUGUUAAUCAACAGGUGUCAUGUACCAGUAAUGAUAACAAUAAUAGUACUCAAUUGUAUCAACCAUUACCUGGAAUGGUUUAUUCAGACCAUAGUGAUAGUGAUUGAGAGGGAAAAAACAGACAAUUGUAAAUAAUUGACACACCUAUUAUCUUGUACAGUUUUAAUGAUUUUUUAAAAAAACUUUUUUGAAAUGC